AUGUGUAAGCACAUCCUAAACGCUCAAGUCCAAGUCAGAGCACAAUGCUGCAAGCUUUGGUUCGAUUGCCCAGAGUGCCAUGCUGAGUCCUAGGAUCACGACAUUGAAAGAUCUAUGGAGAUUAUCUUAGCCUGCAAAAAGUGCAGAAAGGUUUUUAGAAAAGACAUGAAUAAUGACAACGACGAAUCUGAUGAAUAUUGUCCCAGAUGUGAUAAUCAUUACGUGAUUGCAGCUGAGACAGCUGAGAGCAAAGGUAAGCUUGUCAUUGAAUUCGAGCAGGAGAGAGGUCACGAACACAAGAUGUUCAAGGAUGAUAGAGAAAAAGACAGAGAACUCAACUUAAUGUGA